GUGAAUGUACAUAGUGUAGGUUUAUGUUUACAAUUUGCCAAAAUGUCACAUUUGGACAACAAUCCGUCUUUUCAGGCUAUGGUUCGAGCAAGUGGGCUUGCAGAAGUAUGGACACACUCAACGGAUGCGUCUAAAUUCAACCAAUUUGGAUGGAGAUGUACUAAUAAGGAAACUGCGUACCGUAAUGAUACUUUAAUUGGAAAUUGGAAUGAAGAACGAUUCGAUAAUAAAAUCGUUGAAAAAGCGAAACCUCUACCAUCACAGCACAACCAUUACUUUGAGAGCACAUACGACCAGAGUUACAAUUACAAGCCAUACGAAGUUCCGAAAGAAUUAAAACACCUCAAAGCCCCACACCCAAACGCCUUCCCCGGGCAUCAGCCGGAGACGGACAGUCAGCCACUGAAGAGCAUCUACAACAGUUGGGAGACUACUACACGUGCAGGCUACGUGGACCCGAGGAUCCGGCAAAAUCCGCUUAGUUCCGCACCAGUGACACCACAAACGAAGGAACAGAAUUAAUGCAUUUUUAAGCUUAGACUAUUGUGUUGUUUCUUUUUUAUAACUUAUUUUUGGACUUAAAAUAAAUUAAGGGAAAAACUUUUCUCAUCUAAGCCAAGGAACACUUUUGAUGGUAGUUUAUUGAAAACAUACUUAAAACCGGGAUGUAGUUUCUUUUAUAACACGUAUGCUGUUCGGUUAUUACAGUUGCCAACGUUGUAGUUGUGUACAUUAUGAAAAUGAAAAUAAGGCGUCUGUGUUCAGUAUUGUAUAAGUAAUAUAAUGAAUGUGCACACUGUCAUAAUGUAGAUGUACAUUAUAGCUGUCUCUAUAGCUUUCUUUGGAUUAUUUGUCUUUGUGCAAACAUGUGAACUAUUCAAUAUGUUGGUGCGUGUGCAGUGUAACAUCUUAGUAUUUACAUCAGUAUUAACAUAUAUUUUAUUUCAACAGUAUUAUGCGAGAUGCAUGUUUAUUAUACUAAGCUGAUUUUAGUAAUGGUAACAUCGAACAUUCUGAUAUUUUUAAUGGUGAGUCAAACUCACUGUUAUACAUAGGUUAAAUGUUUUGAUAAUAACAAUAUUAAAGACACGAUGUUUUCCUAUGUUUAUGAACAUAACAUAGUAUUAAAGUAAUGGUUAAGAAGGUUCUUUGCAUAAUAUUUGUAUUACCUUUAACAGUAUUGUUUUGUUCUGUUCUAGUAGCAUUCUUUAAUAAUAGUUUGUUUACACUGUAAUAUACUUACAAUAUACUGUUGACUUUAUUUUUAUUUGCUCAAGCAUUUCUGUGAUUUGUCAGAGUUUUUAGAACAAUAUUUUAUUUCCAUAUCUUCUAAAAAAUGUUACAUGUUGUGAAUGUGUUUUAGUUAUAAACAAAUAUACAUAAUUA